AUGACGCUGCAACUGCAAAUUGAGAAGUUGAAAGGCUUGGAUAAUUACAAAGCGUGGUCGAUGACAGUGCGUGCGUAUUUGGAGUCCGAAGAUCUAUGGACGGUUGUUGAGAAUGGACCGGAGAACAAUGAAGAGUCACUGCUGAAGGAUAAGAGAGCCAAAUUCCUGAUACUCUGCUUGAUAGAAACGAAGCUGUGUCAGUUUAUGGUCAGCAUACGCACGGCCCGAGACCUUUGGAAUUAUUUGCGCACUCAGCAUUCACUUCGUUAGGGCGUCCAGAUUUUCUGUGCGAAAUCGUGAAAAGAAACCAAUAAAAAUAUGACAUGUAUAUUGGCCCCAGCA